UAAGGACAUAUCCUAGGCCAUUCCAGUUCUAAGAAAUCUAGCUAACACACCCUUCUCUAGCAAUUAGCAACCACUAGUCUAAUUGUCCCAAAAACUCACAUGUUGAAAACACCAGUAGUUCACCAGUCAACCCAGUCUGCUAAAACAUUAUUUCUAUGGCACAAACCCUUCCUCUCCGGCAACAGAACCACUUCUUUUUCCCACCGGCCAAAGCCGGAUUGCCGGAGAUCCCAGAAAAGCUUUCGUGUCAGCUUUGUUCCGGGCAACAUUAAGGCGAUAGCAACAAGUGAUAAUGAGAAGCCCAUUGGGAUUAAAGCUGUUGUUACCACCAAACCUAGUGGGGGGUUAUUGGCUGAUCUCAUCGGUCACACGCUCAGUUUGGAGCUUGUUAGCUCAGUGCUCGAUCCUAGAACGGGACUAGAGAAGAAACCAAUCAAGGUGAAUGUUAGUCGGAGCAGUGCAGAUGAACAUGAAGUGAAGUAUGAGACUGAAUUUUCAGUUGAAGAAGACUUUGGAGAAGUUGGUGCAGUCUUGGUAAGAAAUGAACACAACAAUGAGGUGUAUCUCAAGAACAUAGAGCUUGUUGGUUUCCCUAAUGGCCCUGUUCACAUCACCUGCAACUCGUAUGUUCAACCCAUGGCCGAUACCUCUGAGAAAAGGAUCUUCUUCUCCAAUAAGUCAUUCUUGCCAUUCCAAACACCAAGUGGGUUGAAGAGGCUAAGACAAGAAGAGCUUGAAAACCUACGUGGUAAUGGCCAAGGGGAGCGUAAGAGCACAGACAGGAUCUAUGAUUACGAUGUAUACAACGAUCUCGGUAAUCCUGACAGUGACGCUGAGUUGGCUCGACCUGUACUUGGUGGAAAGGAGCAUCCAUAUCCAAGGCGUUGUAGAACCGGCCGCGCACGGUGCAAGACAGAUCCAUUAUCGGAGACAAGAAGCAGCAGCAUUUAUGUGCCAAGGGAUGAAGCAUUUUCAGACGUGAAGGGUGCAACAUUCUCAGCGAAGACCAUAUACUCGGUGUUUCAUGCAGUUGUACCAGCGAUACAGACAGUAAUUGUGGAUAAAGACCUUGGAUUUCCAUACUUCACAACCAUAGAUUUAUUGUACAAUGAAGGAAUUAACCUACCCGCGCUUAGCAAAAAUGGGGUUCUCGAUAUCAUACCAAGGAUUGUCAAGUUUAUUGUUGAUGGUCAGCAAAGUAUCUUACGCUUUGAGACCCCAGAAAUGCUUGAGAGGGAUAAAUUUUCUUGGUUUAGAGACGAGGAGUUUUCUAGACAGAUUCUUGCUGGUAUCAACCCAUAUACCAUAAAGUUGGUCACGGAAUGGCCAUUGAAGAGCAAACUUGAUCCGAAAGUCUACGGCCCACCUGAAUCAGCAAUCACCAAAGAGCUGGUGGAGCGAGAGAUAGGAGGCAUCUGUACCAUUGAAGAGGCUGUGGAAAAAAAGAGGCUGUUCAUGCUAGAUUACCACGAUCUGUUGUUACCAUAUGUGAACAAAGUAAGAGCUCUAUCGCCGUCAUUCAAAACUACACUUUACGGAUCAAGGACAUUGUUCUUCCUCACCCACGAUGGCACGCUGAGGCCGCUAGCCAUUGAGCUGACUCGGCCACCAGCGGAUGGGAAGCCUCAUUGGAGGCAAGUGUUCACGCCCGAUUGGACAGCCACAGGCUGCUGGCUUUGGAGACUAGCCAAGGCUCAUGUCCUUGCUCAUGACUCUGGUGUUCACGAGCUAAUCACUCACUGGCUAAGAACUCACGCUUGUGUGGAGCCUUAUGUAAUUGCAACUAAUCGGCAACUUAGCGCAAUGCACCCUAUUUAUAGACUGUUACACCCUCAUUUACGGUACACAAUGGAGAUCAAUGCUUUGGCACGAAACUUCCUCAUCAGUGGAGCUGGGAUUAUCGAGUCAUCAUUCUCACCUGGCAAAUAUUCUAUGGAGCUUAGCUCAGCUGCCUAUGACCAGCAAUGGCGAUUCGAUUUGCAAGCACUUCCAGCAGACCUAAUUAACAGGGGAAUGGCUGUGGAGGAUCCAAGCGCUCCGCAUGGUUUGAAGCUGGCAAUUGAAGAUUACCCUUUUGCCAACGACGGUCUCCUUCUUUGGGAUGCCAUUAAACAAUGGGUUACUGAGUAUGUUAAUUUCUACUACCCAAAGGCAAGUCUAGUAGAGUCUGACGAAGAGCUCCAAGCAUGGUGGACAGAAAUAAAAACAGUUGGCCACGGUGACAAAAAGGAAGGGUGGCCGGAGCUCAAAACCCCCGAAGAUCUGAUUGGCAUUCUCACAACUAUGAUAUGGGUACCAUCUGGUCACCAUUCAGCUGUGAACUUUGGUCAAUAUGACUAUGCUGGUUACUUCCCCAAUAGGCCUUCCAUUGCUAGGCAGAACAUGCCUACCGAAGAGCCAACUGAGGAAGAAUUGAAUUUUUUCAUGGAGAAGCCUGAUGUUACUCUAUUGAUGACGUUCCCUUCGCAAGUUCAAGCCGCGAUAGUUAUGGCCAUUUUGGAUGUGUUGUCCAAUCAUUCUCCGGAGGAGGAGUAUAUUGGUGAGAAGCCUGAGGCAGCCUGGGCUGAGGAACCGGCUAUAAACGCAGCCUUUGAGAGGUUUAAUGGGGAGAUGAGGAAACUUGAAGGGAUUAUAGAUUCUAGGAACAUUGACAAGAAUUUGAGGAAUAGAAAUGGAGCUGGGGUGGUGCCAUAUGAGCUACUGAAGCCAUUUUCGGGUUCUGGAGUGACAGGGAAGGGAGUUCCUAAUAGCAUCUCAAUUUGAAGACAGUUUGUACCAGAGUUGAGAUACUAUACUUUGAAUAAAAAUGACAAUAAGGUUUCAGAUCAAUGGGGUUGACCCUUCAGUAAUGUGUUGCCAUUGCAAGAGAUGAAUCACCCGAGUCAAUGUCAUUAAUUAACAGUACAUAUAUAAUAUAUAGCCCAAUUCAGUUCA